GAGAUGUCCAAAAAAGUGAUAGGAGUAGAAAGAAAAAGAUACACGAUAGCUUAAACGAUUGGCUUAAGUUAAACAACAAACCACAAGUUCCAAUCACCUGAGAGUAACCAAACUAGAUAUUUCUUGCAUGGAACAUGGCGUACAGAUCAGUUUUUGCACACCUUAAUUAAUUCUACAAUCACCUCCUACCCGCAACAGGUGCAGUUUGCUAUAUAUUAAUAGAAGCCCACCAAGUUUCCAAUAAACUAAUAUUCUAUUUUCUUAUCCCAUCAACAAAGUGAUGGAAGCAGCAGAAGAUAGUCCAGUUGAGUGUUCAAAGAAGAAGAGUCAUGAAGAUGGUAAAAGGUUUAGUGAUGAACAAGUGAAGGUACUUGAGUCCAUGUUUAAACAAAAGACAAAGCUUGAACCAAGCAAGAAGCUUGAAUUGGCCAGAGAUCUCGGGCUGCAACCUCGUCAAGUUGCUAUUUGGUUCCAGAACAGAAGGGCUAGAUGGAAAACAAAGCAACUAGAGCAUGAAUACCGAAGACUCAAAGCUGAAUUCAACAAUUUAGCUAUGAAAUUUGAAUCGUUGAAGAAAGAAAAGGAAUCUUUGCUCAAGCAGUUACAGGAACUAAAUGAUCAGAUGGAAAACCACCAUGCUGGUUGCAGCAGAAGCCAAGAAGAUUCAAUAGAGAGUGAAAUCUAUACAAGCUCAGAAAAUGUAGAUUUGAAGGACAAUCUCUUAAAUGCUAGUUUAGACCAUGAGAGGAGUAAGGGAGCGGCUAGUGACAGAGAAGAACAAUUGAGGUGGAAGGAGGAAGAAGAGUUUUGGAACAUGGAGGAAUUAGGAGAUAGUUCCUUAGGUGAUUCCUUCGACCUGUCAUGUGACAAUUCUAAGUGGUGGGAAUUUUGAACACAACAAAUACGCCAAUACUUUCAAAGGAGUCAGCAAAUGAUCGAAUUUCGAUCAACAAAUUAAGCUCUGUUUAUCAACUCACAUUGAUAGAGCCAAGGUUGUGUGCAGAGAAUAGGAGGAACUUUUAAUUUUUCCCAGUGAUGUUUCUUUCUGAUAGCUUGUAAUUUAGUUCACAAGAAAGAGAAACAGUGUAUAUAGGUGUUUUUUUUGCGUAAUCACAAUAAAAUAAUUUGUUGAGAAUAGAAAAAUUCCUAGUUGAGCAACACAAAACAAGUGUUAAGUGAGUUACGUUGAUAGUUUCAUAAAAGCGUGUUAACGGGUGGUUUCAUCCAUAUUGCAUAACGCUGCUUAUCAAUGAAAAAGGAAGAUGCUAAUGACGAACUUUAAAGCAUAGGGCUUGAAA